AUGAACGGGCCAGCAGACGGAUCCUGGACUCCAAACGACAAUGAUCUUCGAGCGAUUCUCGAUCUGCUGCACAAUUCACAGAGCUCGGACAAUGAGGUUCACAGACAAGUUCAACAGAGAUUACAAGAGCUCAACAAUUACCCAGACUUUCACAACUAUCUAGCAAUAAUUCUAUCUGCCUCGCUCGACCCACUGCGCACCGAAUCCGAAACGACGAGAAGUUUGGCCGGCCUCAUUCUCAAAAACAACAUCCGACAGUAUUUUAACGUAAUGAAUCCACAAGUCAUGAUGCAAAGGCUGCAUUUCAUAAAGAGCGAAGUGAUCAAAGCAGUGAGCGACCCCUCUCAACUGAUCAGGGCGACGGGUAGCAUCGUCGUCACCACUCUCGCCUCCAAAGUAGGGCUCCAGUACUGGCCGGAGCUGUUUCCCUGUCUGCACCAGAUGCUGGACACGGGCAGGGACGAGUGCAUAGAUGGCGCCUUCUCAACCUUCGUCAAGCUCUGCGAAGACUGCCAAGACCAGCUCGACCAGGAAGAAAUGGAGCCAGUCCUCAACAAUUUGAUCGAGACGUUUCUGCGCUACUGCGGCUUCCAAAACGCCAAAAUCCGCUCCCAGUCGGUCAACUGCAUCAACCACUUCAUCCACAGCCGCAGCGGCAUCGUCUCCAAGCACAUCGACGACUUCCUGCGCGCCCUCUUCAAAUUGGCGGAAGACGACAGUCCAGAUGUUCGCCGCUACGUCUGCAGAGGACUUGUCAUGAUCCAGGAGUUUCACUUCGAGAAGCUACAGCCUUCCAUGGACGACCUCGUCAGAUACAUGCUUAAACAGACCCAGGCAGGGCUCGGCAACCUGAGUCAGAAACUAAGAAACUUGAGUCAGGGUUUUGGAAGCGUUUCAAGCUCUUUCAGAAGCCUGACUCAGGUUUUUACACAGGUUGCCGAGCUCAAAAAAAAGGACGAAGACGAGAAAGUAGCGCUAGAAGCGUGCGAGUUCUGGAUGGCACUGGCCGAGCAACAAGAAUGCAUCCAAGUUCUGGGGCCUUUUUUAAACCACCUGAUACCUGUCCUUAUCAAUGGAAUGCGAUAUUCGGAGACCGACGUGAUGGCGCUGCGAGGAGACGAGGUACGUUACAAAUAUUGA